AUGGCGGCGCAAGAUGCAACGACCACGGGCGCCGACGCGCAGCAUGGCCUGAGACAGCGCAAUGUCGGCCAGAACCAGCCGAAUGGCAGCUACGUCCCCAAACAGGUCGGCGACAAGCUGGACGAGAAGACGAAGCAAAAGACCAACUCCUUUCUCCAAACGCUCGACGAUUACGAGUUCCUGAUCGCACCCAUCAUCUUCACCGCCCUCGCCUUCUUCACGCGCAUGUGGAAGAUUGGCAUCUCCAACAUCGUCACAUGGGACGAGGCGCAUUUCGGAAAGUUCGGUUCCCACUACCUCAAACGCGAGUUCUACUUCGAUGUCCACCCUCCUCUGGGAAAGAUGCUGGUGGGUCUAUCAGGAUACCUCGCGGGAUACAAUGGGUCAUUCGAGUUUAAGAGCGGCGAGGUAUACCCCGAGGAGCUCAACUACACCUUUAUGCGAUUGUUCAACUCGGCUUUUGGCGCACUGUGCAUUCCCCUGGCUUACUUCACGGCGAAGGAACUCCACUUCAAGAGACCGACGGUGUGGCUGGUGACUAUGAUGGUGCUGUUUGAGAAUUCAUACACCACCAUCAGCAGAUUCAUCCUGCUGGACAGCAUGCUUCUGUUCUUCACCUUCACCACGGUUUUCUGCUGGGCCAAGUUCCACAACCAGAGACACGACCCCUUUUCGCCCUUGUGGGGCUUCUGGCUGUUCAUGACUGGUAUUUCGAUUGGCUGUGUGUGCAGUGUCAAGUGGGUUGGCAUGUUUGGAACUGCGUUGGUCGGUCUCUACACCAUCGAGGAUCUCUGGAACAAGUUUGGAGACCUCAAAAUGCCAAAGGUGGAGCUGGUAGCACAUGUUGGAUUCAGGGUUGUCGGUCUGAUCAUCAUUCCUGUCCUGGUCUACAUGUUCUCCUUCUACCUCCAUUUCUUGAUUCUCGAGAACAGCGGCCCUGGCGAUGCCCAGAUGUCUUCGCUGUUCCAGGCCAAUCUUAGAGGUACCGAAGUUGGAAAGGACAGCCCUCUGGAGAUCGCCUUCGGCUCGCGCGCGACGUUGAAGAACAUGGGCUACGGUGGUGGUCUUCUCCACUCUCACGUUCAGACCUACCCUGAGGGCUCCCAGCAGCAGCAAAUUACCUGCUACCACCACAAGGAUGCCAACAACGACUGGUUCUUCUACCCAAACCGCCAUCAGCCCGAGUUCAACCCAGAAGACGACAUCAAGUUCGUCGGCAACGGCGACGUUAUUCGACUCAUCCACGCCCAGACUGGCCGCAACUUGCACUCCCACCAGGUCGCUGCUCCAGUCACUAAGGCUGACUGGGAAGUCUCCUGCUACGGCAACACCACCAUCGGCGACACCAAGGACCACUGGAUCGUGGAAGUUGUGGAUGAUGCUGCUUCUAGUGAUUACUCGAAGCUCCGAACCCUGACCACUGCAUUCCGUUUGAAGCACGCAGACCUUGGCUGUUAUCUCAGAGCUGGCAAUGUCAACCUGCCACAGUGGGGUUUUAAGCAGAUUGAGACGACCUGUGUGAAAGAGAACAAGCCACGUGAUCCAUACACUCACUGGAAUGUUGAGUCUCACACCAACGAGAAACUCCCACCUGGCGACCCCGGCUCAUACAAGUCUCCUUUCCUCCGCGAUUUCGUGCACUUGAACGUGGCCAUGAUGACCUCAAACAACGCGCUCGUGCCAGAUCCCGAUAAGCAGGACGAUCUUGCCUCGAAGCCAUGGCAGUGGCCUCUCCUCCAUGUCGGUCUCCGCAUGUGCGGUUGGGACGAUAACAUCAUCAAGUACUUCCUCCUCGGUAACCCAGCAGUUUACUGGGGCUCGACCUUCUCCCUCGUCUUCUUCUUGGGUAUGGUGGCCUGGUAUGCCAUUCGCUGGCAACGCGGCUUCGACGAGCUCACCUGGAAGCAAAUCGACCACUUCCAGUACUCUGGCAUCUAUCCGGUCAUUGGAUGGUUCUUGCACUACCUGCCCUUCAUCGCCAUGGCCCGUGUUACCUACGUCCACCACUACUACCCGGCUCUUUACUUCGCCAUCCUAUGUUGUGGCUUCUGCGUGGAUUGGUACACUCGCAGCUUGCACAAGGGCGUGCAGUGGGGUAUUUUCACGGUGCUAUAUGCCGUUGUCAUCUUCAUGUUCUGGCUGUUCCGAGCCUUCUGCUUCGGUAUGGAAGGCUCAAACCAGCAGUGGAAGCACUUGAAGUGGCUGUCCACGUGGAGAAUGUCGGAUUAG